UCUUUCUCUUAGAAAAUGGGUUCUGAAACUCCUCUCCUUCCUCUUCACCUCCCGGUCAUCGAUUUUUCAAACCAAAACCUGAAACCAGGAGAGCCCCAAUGGGACUUAACCAAAGCUGAUGUCCAGAAAGCUCUUCAAGACUACGGCUGUUUCGAGGCUUCUUUCGAUAAAGUUCCUAUCGAGUUACGAAAAUCGAUUUUCAAGGCCUUGGAAGAGCUUUUCGACUUACCUUUAAAGACAAAAUUGAGAAACGUCUCGAAGAAACCUUUCCAUGGAUACGUUGGUCAAUACCCAAUGGUUCCACUGUACGAGAGCAUGGGCAUUGAUGAUUCUGAUGUUGUAGACAAAGUUGAAGCCUUUACUGAAAAGUUAUGGCCUCAAGGCAACAACAGCUUCAGCGCAACGAUCCAUUCGUUUUCAAAGAAGUUAUCAGAGCUAGACAUAACUAUAAGAAGAAUGAUCAUGGAGAGUUUUGGACUCGUGAAGUACAUCGAUGAACAUCUUCAGUCAACGAACUACCUCCUUCGAGUUAUGAAGUACACAGGACCUGAUACAGAAGAGACCAAACUAGGGCUAAACGCUCAUACCGACAAAAACAUUGUCACUAUACUUUACCAAAACCAUGUUGAAGGUCUUGAGGUGCAGACCAAAGACAAGAACUGGAUCAAAGUGAAGCCAUCAGAAGACUCUUUCAUCGUCAUGAUAGGAGAUUCUCUCCAUGCAUUGCUGAAUGGUAGAUUACACUCUCCAUAUCACCGUGUCAUGAUGACUGGAACAGAGACGAGAUACUCGCUCGGGCUGUUCUCAAUUCCUAAAGCAGGACAUAUCGUGAGUUCACCAGAUGAGCUCGUGGACGAAGAGCACCCUCGACUCUUUAAGCCCUUUGAUCAUGUUGAGUUCCUUAAAUUUUACUACACAGAAGCUGGACAAAGAUCUCAAUCUGCUCUCAAAACUUACUGUGGAAUGUAAAAACAAUAAAACCUCUCUUGUUUGC